AUGACGAUUGAGUGCGCACCGCCCACCUCCGGUGCAACGCCGUUGUUUGACGACGCCGUCAUCCUCAACCACUUGACGCACCUGGUGUCGCCGCUCUCGUACGUGAUUCGCGCCGUCUUCUACUACGACGAGGAGUUCGACGGCCACAUGCUGCUGACGCCCAACACCGCCCGCUACGCCGGCUGGCGCUACCGCGUGUUUGUCGCGCCGGUAAGCUCACGGCCGCCGCUUGAAAGCCGCCGCAAUGUGUUGCCAACACCCUGCGGUCUCGCUGACGAGAGCGGGAGCAGCAGCAUGCACGCUGCGCUGCCGUCAGUCAUUCCGUCACGCGGCUCUCGCGUGGCCAGCAACUCUGCGCACUCGCGGCGCGGGACGUCGCACGUGUCGGAGAUGAGCCGCUGCUCCGACUGGGGCUCCGCCGCGACGCAGAUGGACACGUGCGGCACGCGCCCCGUUGUGUGGAAGAGCUGCACGGAGGCACCGCCGCCACCUGCGUCCAUCUUCACUGCCCCGCCGCGCUCACCCAUUGAGCAGCUGCAGUGCGAGAUCGCGGACAGCAUCGCGCGGUUGAGGUGCGUCACGGAGGGCCGCAACGCGCACGGCCAGUGCGACACCACCACAGCAGCAGUGGCAACUGCCGUGAGCCCGAGGCACUCGACACAUCCGCCGCAGAGCGUGUAUACCAACCCACCCGCAACGGCUAGGGGUGCCAUGGAAUCGUCACUGGGCGGGUCCGCUCAGAGUUCGUCGGGCAGCAGGCGCUCGGAGGAGGUGCACCAGUCUGCGUGCGCCACGUCGUGUGUUGUUGUGGCCGAGCGACAUCUCGACAACGUAUCGUCUGAUGACGAGCUAUGCGGCCUCGUAGCGGCGAUGCAGGAGGAGUCGGGGAGCGGAAGCUCUGAAGCACAGGCGGGCACCGCGGGCUCCGUCACGUGUGUCGCUACUGCAGGCCGAUGCAUCAUCCGCAGCGACCCGUUCCCUGCGGAGUCGCUGGGUGCUGCUUUUCCCUCUGAGGAGGUAGGCACUGCAGCUGAGGAAUGA